GUGACACGUGACUGUGCGUCAACUAAAUUAGCGACGGCAGACUGAAACUUAGGCUAAAGUUUGUAGGGACAGUCUGGGAAGACGCUCAAUGAGAGGAACAUGUCUCCUGCUCCAGCAGCUCCGUUGGAGUUCAAACCCCCUGAUGGCGGCUGGGGCUGGAUGGUGGUGAUUGGUGCCCACAUUUCCAUUGGAUUUGCCUAUGCAACACCUAAAGUCCUCUCCAUUUUCUUCAAAGAGAUCCAGGAAGACUUGGGAGCUAGUUCCAGUGAAAUAGCAUUGAUUUCCUCAAUCAUGCUAGCUGCGAUGUAUGCAGGCGGACCAGUGAGCAGCGCCAUGGUCAAUCGCUUUGGAAGCCGGCCAAUAGUUAUACUAGGUGGACUGAUGUGUGGAGUCUCUAUGGUGUCUGCUUCUUUUGGGAACAACAUCGUAUAUCUCUACUUUUGGAUUGGUGUCAUUGGAGGUUGUGGGCUCUCCUUGAACCUAAAUGCAUCUCUCAUCAUCAUCAGCAAGUACUUCCUGAAGAGGCGACCUCUAGCUAAUGGACUAGCCAUGGCUGGGAGUCCGGUGUUCCUGUGUGUCCUGGCCCCUUUUAACCAAUUUUUACUGAUAAAUUUUGGAUGGAGAGGAAGUCUUCUCGUUCUUGGAGGCCUGAUGCUUCAUUGUUGUGUAGCUGGGGCCCUGAUGAGGCCUGUGACUCGGCCUAUAAAGCCCUCUGCUCAUGCACUAGAGAACGCCGUGGAGGAACAGCCACUGAACAGAAACACCAGACUUAGGAGAGACUGUAUGAAGAAGGUGAAGAAAUUCUUGGAUUUUUCCUUCUUUAAAGACAGAGGCUUUGUCAUUUACCUCAUAGGGAACAUCAUGUUUAUCUUUGGUGCCUAUGCACCCAUUGUGUUCCUAUCAGCGUAUGCUACAAGUCAAGGCGUAGAGGAGUACUCUGGAGCUUAUCUACUCUCUAUAAUGGGCUUUGUGGACAUGUUUGUUAGGCCUGGCACAGGCCUGAUUGCAAACAGUAAGUUGAUCCGGCCCAGAAUCCAGUACUUCUUCAGCUUUGCCAUGGUUUUCAAUGGGGCCUGCCACUUGCUGUGCCCACUGAUCGAGAGCUACGCCUUCCUGGUGGUCUAUGCUGUGUUUUUUGGCAUUGGUUUUGGAAUGGUUUUCGCCCUGAUAUUUGAAUGCCUGAUGGACCUGAUGGGGAGUCAACGCUUUCCCCGUGCUGUGGGACUGGUUACCAUCAUCGAGUGCUUCCCCAUGCUACUGGGACCCCCUGCUGCAGGGUUACUGGUCGACAUAUAUGGUGACUACAAAUACCUUUUCUACAUGUGUGGCUCGGUCAUCUCGACUGGCGGGCUUUUUCUCUUCAUCAUGAACAUCUACAACUAUCACAUGCUGGACAAAGAGAAGCAGAAGCAGGAGAACGCCACUGAGUUGGAGACUAAGCAGUCCCCCGAGGCAGCAAUGGGACAAACUGAGCCUGAGGCCAAAGAGAAGAAUGGAGUCCUGAGAGAUCCAGCACCUGAGAGCGCAGAAACACCAAAUUAAUGUGAAUUGAGUUUAAUUCUCUGUUCAAGUGCCAUGAAAUCCUGGCAGAAGAGGAUGCAAGGACUUGACAGAGAAAAAAAUGCCAGUCAAACAGUAAACAAUGGCAAACACUGACAAGACAAAGGAAAUGAACAUAGUUUGUGGUCACCACUAACCAGUAGUGUCAACUUUGACUGUUUUAUGCCUUUUCAGUUCAAGCUUCCCCUGGCACACUUUAUUUGCACCAUGUUUUAUUCACUCUUAGUUUUUCUGUUUUAUUUUGCUUUUAUUAAAAAAAGUAACUGGACCGCCAAAUUCAGAAUUGCAAAUUAGAGGGUUUUUUCCUGGAGCAUGCAGUCAUUUGCCUUAUGAGUCUAAAGCCAAAUGCUAACAUCAGCAUAGGCAGUAGUUCAUCUGACCUCUAUCUUCAGACACUGGGUCCGUUAUUUUCUGAUGCUUUUUUAAUUCGGAUCUGUUAUCCAAAGAAAUGUCACACACUUGAACCGUGUAAACUGCAUCCGUUGCUUUUUAUUUCUGUUCACUGCGAAAAUUCAUAGAAUGUGGUCAAUUGUUUCGUACUGAGGGCCUGUGGCUCUGUUACUGUUAAAAUCACCCUGUAUCCAUCCUUCUUACAAGAGAGCAUACAUCAUAGUUCUCUGCCACGAUGGAGAGCAACUUUUUACUUUAGUCUCUGUUAGGUGGCUGUGAGAACAAACUUAUGCCUUUGACUUGGACUAAUGCAAAAAUUUGCAUCAAAUUGAACCCUUUCUGAAAAAAAAAAAAAAAAGACGGUGGACACAAGUUUCAAGGUCAGUGUGCAAACAUGAUUGAAAUAAUGUGAUAUUGAUUUUCUUUUUUUUAAGUAUGAAAAAUUUGGACAAUAAAAAACAGACUCAGUGCGCAAAUGUAGUGUUUAAGCAGGCUAACAUUGGCUAAUUAUCAGUUAUGUAAAGUACAGCUUUGGCCUUUAGGAAUGUAGUUAGUGUCACAAGUAGUUUGCUCAAGUAUUAGCAUUUAGACCUGAUUAUGUGUUAAGGGAGGAGAUAGAAGCUUUCCACAGUUUUGGAAACCCCAAAUUCAUGCAAGAAUCAUCAUGAUUUACAGAUUGUUCUCAGUCCUGGUAUAGAUAAUCAAAACUGUCUCAUCUGCCUUUUUCCUGAAAUAGCGUCAGCAUCUGGGUCAGGGACUUCUUAUGCAUUUUGAUAUGAGUUGACUUGACAGGGAGAAACACUGAAUUAGCAUCAGUGAUCCCUUUCCAAUGAUGGUGCUUGAGGAGAAAUUAGGGACUCACCAAAGUUAAUACAUUAAUUUUGCGGAGAACAUGAGGUGAACACUUAUUCUCAUUUCUGCUUAAAUUCAGAGGGGAUUGUAACUCUGAAAACUGAACUGGGACUGCUUUGUCUUACAUCUGAGUGGGUGCCAUCCAUGAACAAGAGAAACCUCGAGUGACCUUGAAUGACUUAACAAUGGUGAUCAGUGAUGAUUUAGAUAGCAUGACACAAUACAUAAUCAACUGCCUUCCUUAAAUAAACCUCUCAGGGUCAUCUCAGAGAGUAGCUUUUUAAUGAUAUAAAAAAAUCUAGAUUUUUCUACCAACAGUGUAGUACAUAAAUUAUUUGUAGAACCUCUGUUAAAAGUAUGUUUGUCAGUAGCUAGUACAAAUCAUCAGUAUUCAUUCACUGUGGACUUUGUUGUCCUUUGAGGUUUUUCAUAGUGGUUUCACAUUCUGGAGAUGUUAAUUGAGAGAGUGAUGAAAAUCACCAGUACCUCAGUUUAGAUCAUACCUGAGAGUGUACUUUUAAUUUUAUGCUCAUGUGAAUGAUUUAGCUUAACAGAUACUGUACAUUAGUCUGUUUAACCGUUUGUUAGUGUUUAACUGACAGCAGGGUUGGGUAACUUUACUUUAGACUAGAUUUCUGCCAUAAGUUUACUGUGCGUUACUUUUGUGUUACAAAAAAUCUGCUUUUGUGACUUGUUACUGGUGUUGGUUAGACAGCACCCUACUGUAUGUGAACCUUUGAAUGUAUUUACUGUCAAAUCUAGUUUACAGCACAAAAUCAGUAGCUCUGAAGCCUAAUGGCAAAAUCAGCAGAUGUGAUAACAGCUCAUGAACAUGCUCUGACAAUGAACUUUGCAGAGGAGUACAGUAUUAGACACAGCUGUUUCAUUGAAACAGUACAACACAAGCUCUUGAGCUUCCACUUCAUUGUUUUGUCCCUUUUUUCCCCAAAAUUUCAACACAGUGGGGAUGUUUUCUAGCGUAAAUGCUGUUCUCUGUUAUCUUGCUAGUUGAAUUAACAGCUGCAUAUCUGUACUGGCACAUCAGUAGGGUUACCAUUCACCGCUACGUGCCUGGACAUCAGAGAGAAAGGGGGAAAAAACUUUGCGGAUUUUUUUUUCUGGAACAGAUGCUUUUUAUGAAAAAAGUAACUAUGUAACAAAUUACUUGAAUUGCUGAACUAACACAUUACAACAGAACGUAAUCUGUGUAUCUUUAUAGAUUAAUUUGUAAUCUCCCAACAUUCACUGAUAGUAAACUAAUCUUCUGUUCUUGCGCAUUGCAUUUCUUUGUUUACGUUAAUAUGAAAUUAGGUUACAAACAUAAAAUACUGUAAAGCUGCUGUCAGAGAGUUGUUGGUAUUCCAGGUUUAACCUGCUGCUUUACCUCCUUAAGUUAAAGAUUAUUGUUAACAAUAAACUCUGUAAUUCACAAACUGUACCUUCCGCUGUUACUGAGGGUGGAGAGCUAUCAGAUAAUACUGUUUUUAAAUUUGACUAUUUUAUCUGAAGUCUAAUUUAACAUUCUUUACUGUUUUUUUUUUUUUUUGAGAGAAUGUAAUAAUUUCAUGUUCACAUUUCAAUAUGUCAUUUGUUAUUCAAGUGAAGUUGAAUUUAUGAAACACUGUGCUAACUAAUGUGAUGCUGUUUGUAUUAGUGCAUGUUAGUGAAAAUGUGUUUGUAUUAAAAUUUUCAUGGG